UCUCUCUUGUUGAUUCUGUCCACUAACCUUCACUCCUUCAAGCAGCAGUUGUUGUACGUGCUUUGCAAAAUUAUGCAUUUAAAAAAAAAAAAAAAAAAAAAACUUCUGUUCUUGCUCAUGUGACACUAGAGGGUUUGGCUGUUCUAAGAACAGCUGAGGAUACAGACAAACAACUCUCUGCUGCCAGUAUCAGCCACUCAGAAAAACCGUCUCCCAGAGUCCCUCAAUAUAUAUCCGUCUGGGAUCGGGGAUCCAAUCAGCUGCAUUGAGCGAUCCAUAACCUGUUUCCCAGCUCUGGCAGAAAUAGGGCAGACAUCAUUCUUUUAGUCUUCAGUAUGAAAUAGAGCAGUUUAUGCAUGAAAACAUGAACCAGGAGUUGGAUUUUAUGUUUGUUAAAUAUGCACGGGUCUGGAUCCCAGAUGUAGAGGAAGUGUGGAGGUCAGCAGAGCUCACCAAGGACUACAGACAAGGAGACGGAGCACUUCAACUACAGCUAGAGGAUGGAAAGGAACUGGAGUACAAAUUGGACCCCAAGACGAACAACUUGCCACACCUGCGUAACCCAGAUAUCCUGGUGGGAGAAAAUGACCUGACAGCUCUCAGCUACCUUCAUGAGCCUGCUGUGUUACACAACCUGAAAGUGCGCUUCAUUGAUUCCAAACUCAUCUACACAUACUGCGGUAUUGUUCUGGUCGCUAUAAACCCAUAUGAGACGCUUCCCAUCUAUGGAGCCGACAUCAUUAAUGCGUACAGCGGGCAGAAUAUGGGCGACAUGGACCCUCACAUCUUCGCAGUGGCAGAAGAGGCUUACAAACAGAUGGCCAGGGAUGAGAGGAAUCAGUCUAUCAUUGUGAGUGGAGAAUCCGGAGCAGGGAAAACAGUUUCAGCAAAAUACGCCAUGCGUUACUUUGCCACGGUCAGCGGCUCUGCCAGUGAAGCCAAUGUAGAGGAGAAAGUUCUGGCAUCCAACCCCAUCAUGGAGUCCAUCGGUAACGCCAAAACCACCAGGAAUGACAAUAGCAGUCGAUUUGGGAAAUACAUUGAGAUCGGCUUUGAUAAGAGGUAUCACAUCAUCGGUGCGAACAUGAGGACAUAUCUACUGGAGAAAUCACGUGUCGUAUUUCAGGCGGAUGAAGAGAGGAAUUAUCAUAUCUUCUAUCAGCUCUGUGCAUCUGCUCACCUCCCGGAGUUUAAAGCCCUGAAACUUGGGAAGGCUGAUGAUUUUCACUACACCAAACAGGGCAGGAACCCAGUGAUAGAUGGAAUAGAUGAUGCCAAGGAGAUGUCGACCACUAGGAACGCCUUCACACUGCUAGGUGUAAACGAGUCUUAUCAGAUGGGCUUGUUUCGGAUUCUGGCUUCAAUUUUGCACCUGGGAAACGUAGAAGUGAAAGAUAGAGACUCGGACAGCAGUAUAAUUCCACCAAAUAAUGGUCACUUGAGUGUGUUUUGUGAAUUGAUGGGCGUGACAUAUCAAGACAUGUCUCAUUGGCUGUGUCAUAAGAAGCUAAAGACUGCAACUGAGACGUACAUAAAGCCCAUCCCCAAGCUACAGGCCAUAAACGCCCGUGAUGCCCUCGCUAAACAUAUCUACGCCAAACUCUUCAACUGGAUCGUGGACCAUGUAAACAAAGCGCUGCAUUCUACGGUCAAGCAGCACUCGUUCAUUGGAGUCCUAGACAUUUACGGGUUUGAGACCUUUGAAAUCAACAGUUUUGAACAGUUCUGUAUUAAUUAUGCCAAUGAGAAACUACAGCAACAGUUCAACAUGCAUGUGUUUAAGUUGGAGCAGGAGGAGUAUAUGAAAGAGCAGAUCCCCUGGACUCUCAUUGAUUUCUAUGAUAAUCAGCCAUGUAUCAACCUCAUUGAGGCCAAGAUGGGUGUUCUGGACCUGCUGGAUGAAGAAUGCAAGAUGCCGAAGGGCUCUGAUGACUCCUGGGCUCAGAAACUGUAUAACACUCAUUUGAAGACGUGUGCACUUUUUGAAAAGCCACGGAUGUCCAAUAAAGCUUUCAUUAUUCAGCACUUUGCAGAUAAGGUGGAGUAUCAGUGUGAUGGUUUUCUGGAGAAGAAUAAAGAUACAGUGAACGAGGAGCAGAUACAUGUUCUGAAGGCCAGUAAGAAGUUUGACCUGCUGGUGGAGCUGUUCCAGGAUGAGGAGAAAGCAACGAGUCCAACUGGUGCUGCUCCUACCACUGGAGGACGCACUCGCCUCAGUGUCAAACCAGACAAGAGCAAAGCCGGCCAAGCCAGCAAAGAACACAAGAAGACAGUUGGACUGCAGUUCCGUAACUCUCUGCACCUGCUGAUGGAGACGCUGAAUGCGACUACGCCUCAUUACGUUCGCUGCAUCAAACCCAACGAUUACAAAUUUGCCUUCACGUUUGACCCCAAGAGGGCAGUGCAGCAACUGCGUGCAUGUGGAGUUUUGGAAACAAUCCGCAUCUCUGCAGCUGGUUUCCCAUCUAGGUGGACGUAUCAAGAGUUCUUUAGCAGGUAUCGUGUCCUGAUGAAACAAAAAGAUGUUUUGACGGACAGGAAGAUGACCUGUAAGAAUGUUCUGGAGAAACUUGUGCAGGAUCAAGAUAAGUACCAGUUUGGCAAGACCAAGAUCUUUUUCCGAGCUGGGCAGGUUGCGUAUCUGGAGAAACUGCGUGCAGAUAAGCUGCGUGCUGCCUGCAUCCGCAUCCAGAAGACCAUCCGCUGCUGGCUGGCGCGCAAGAAGUACCUGCGCAUGAAACACGCUGCCACAACCAUCCAGAGAUACGUCCGUGGAUACCAGGCCCGCUGUCUUGCAAAAUUCCUGCGUCGCACACGUGCUGCUAUCAUCAUUCAGAAGUACCAGCGCAUGUAUGUCCAGAGAAAAUGUUACAAACGCAAGCAGGCUGCUGCUCUGGUCAUGCAGUGCAUCCUCAGGGCAUACAUGGCCAGACAACUGUACAAAGCGCUUCUGCGCGAGCAUAAGGCCAUCAUCAUUCAAAAGAUGGUCCGCGGCUGGUUGGCGCGGCAGUGGUUCAAGCGUUCGCUCAGAGCCAUCGUGUACCUGCAGUGCUGCAUCCGCCGCAUGCGAGCCAAGCGGGAACUCAAGAAACUCAAGAUCGAGGCACGCUCAGUCGAACACUUCAAGAAACUCAACAUCGGCAUGGAGAACAAGAUCAUGCAGUUGCAGCGCAGGAUAGACGAACAGAACAAGGACAACCGUUCUCUCAGCGAACGUUUGAAUGGUCUAGAGAUCAGCCAUGCUGCAGAGUCUGAGCGUCUGCGUGUGGAAGUCACCCGUCUGCGAGGAGCAGAAGAGGACGCCAAAAACAAUGCCAACAAAGUUACAACUCUUCUGGAGGAGCUAGAGCGGCUGCGCAAAGACCUGCAGAACACACAGAAAGAAAAGAAAGUCAUCGAGGAAUGGGCAAAAACCUACCAGGACGAGAUGGAACAGAUGAUCUCAGAACUAAAGGAGCAAAACCACCUGCUGAAGAACGAGAAAAACGACCUGAACCGAAUGAUCCAGGAACAAGGCCAGCAGUGGACAGAGAAAAUGCAGAGGGCUCUGAAGGAGGAAACCGAGCAGCUAGAAAACGAUUUAAACGAGGAACGGUCUCGCUACCAGAACCUCCUUACCGAACACCUCCGACUAGAGGAGAAAUACGACGAUUUGAAGGAGGAGAUCACACUCGCCGUGAAUGUUCCAAAACCUGGUCACAGGCGCACAGAUUCCACACACAGCAGCAACGAAUCAGAAUGUACCUACAACUCAGAGUUCGCCGAAUCCGAGGAAGGGUCCCGCGGAGGGGAGGAUGUUUCCAAGGCCAUACUGGACAUGUCCCUGUUCCUGAAGCUACAGAAGAGAGUAUCCGAACUAGAGCAAGAAAAACAGUCACUGCAGAACGAACUCGACCGGAGAGAAGAGCAGUUUCAGCGGGCUAGAGCUAGGGAUGAUGAGGAACAUAAGAAAGCUCGUAGUGCUGAGCUGGAGUAUGAAUCUCUCAAGCGUCAGGAGUUGGAGUCUGAGAAUAAGAAGCUCAAACAUCAUUUGAAUGAGAUGCGUCAGUCUUUGAGAGGCAGCCCUGAGGCCGGAUCCGCUGCCCCGGGUUCUCCUGCGUACACGGUCCUGCUGGAUCAGCUGAACUCCUCCAACGAGGAGCUGGAGGUGCGGAAAGAAGAGGUGCUCAUCCUGCGCUCUCAACUCGUCAGUCAGAAAGAGGCCAUGCAACACAAGGAUGAAAAGGCAACCAUGACUGAACCUUUGCCAUAUAUUGAGGAUGUGCAGAAGCUGACUGAUGCCAAGGAGAUCUCCCAGGCCUACAUGGGUCUCAAAGAUACCAACAGAUCACCCAGGUUUACACGCAGGCCGACUGAAGUGAACGAGCUUGUGAGCAGGUUGAGAUCCCCAUUCCCUGACUACCAUAAACUGAAUGAGGAUGGAGAACUGUGGUUGGUUUAUGAAGGGUUAAAGGAAACAAACAGGUUGUUGGAGUCUCAGUUGCAGGCUCAGCGUCGGUCUCAUGAGAAUGAGGUGGAGGUUUUGCGUGGAGAGUUGCAGAGUGUUAAAGAGGAGAAUAACCGUCAGCAGCAGCUGUUGGCUCAGAAUCUACAGCUUCCUCCAGAGGCUCGAAUCGAGGCCAGUCUACAGCACGAGAUCACGCGCCUCACCAACGAAAACCUGGAGCUUCACUCUGAUGAUCCAAAGGAGUAUAAAGCCUACAGAAUCAGCAUGUUACGCAGGAUGGUUGAUCUUAUGGAGCAGCUGGAGAAACAGGACAAGACUGUCCGCAAGCUGAAGAAACAGCUCAAAGUCUUCGCAAAGAAGAUCAAUGACCUGGAAGGCGGGCAGAUGGACGUGUCUCCAGGACAGACGACCGAUGAGCCUGUUCAUCCAGUAAACAUUCCACGCAGGGAGAAAGAUUUCCAGGGAAUGCUGGAAUACAAGAAAGAGGAUGAACUCAAACUGGUCAAAAAUCUCAUACUUGAGCUGAAGCCUCGUGGUGUGGCAGUGAACCUGAUACCAGGUUUGCCAGCAUACAUCCUCUUCAUGUGUCUGCGACAUGCCGACUACGUUAAUGAUGACCAGAAAGUCCGAUCUCUACUCACCUCUGUCAUCAACAGCAUCAAGAAGAUCCUCAAGAAAAGAGGUGACGACUUUGAGACUGUUUCCUUCUGGUUGUCCAACACGUGUCGUUUCCUACACUGCCUGAAACAGUACAGUGGCGAUGAUCAAUUUAUGAAGCAUAACACCCCUAAACAGAACGAUCACUGUCUCUCCAACUUUGACCUGGCUGAGUACCGGCAGGUUUUGAGCGAUCUGGCCAUUCAGAUCUACCAACAGCUCAUCAAGUGUAUGGAGAACAUCUUGCAGCCCAUGAUCGUCUCUGGCAUGCUGGAACAUGAAACCAUCCAGGGCGUGUCUGGGGUGAAGCCCACGGGUCUCCGCAAGAGGACGUCCAGUAUUGCUGACGAAGGGACGUACACGUUGGACUCCAUCAUCCGCCAGCUCAAUACCUUCCACUCCAUCAUGUGUCAGCACGGAACCGACCCGGAGCUCAUCAAACAGGUGGUCAAGCAGCAGUUCUACAUCAUCGGCGCCGUCACUCUCAACAACCUGCUGCUGCGUAAAGACAUGUGCUCCUGGAGCAAGGGCAUGCAGAUCAGGUAUAACGUGAGUCAGUUGGAGGAGUGGCUGAGAGAUAAGAACCUCAUGACAUGCGGCGCAAAAGAGACACUGGAGCCGCUGAUUCAGGCCGCACAACUGCUGCAGGUCAAGAAGAAAACCGAUGAGGAUGCAGAGGCCAUCUGCUCCAUGUGUAACGCCCUCUCUACGGCACAGAUUGUGAAGGUGCUGAACUUGUAUACGCCUGUCAAUGCAUUUGAAGAGCGAGUGUCAGUACUGUUCAUAAGAACAAUACAGACGCGUUUACGGGAUCGAAAGGAGUCGCCUCAGCUGCUGAUGGACACCAAACUCAUCUACCCCGUGACCUUCCCCUUUAACCCCUCCUCUCUGGCCCUGGAAACCAUUCAGAUCCCCGGCAGCCUCAAUCUGGCCUUCCUCACUCGUGUGUAGACCUGUCAAUCACCUCACCACAGCCAAUCACAUGGCAGGAACAGGGAGCCAAAAUAUAUUAAUAAAAAAAAAAAAUCAAUUGUGAUAGGUAAAUAAGCCACAUACUUAAAGAGAAUGCAAUUUAGACCAUGUCACCAAUCCCUCUUUUUGCUCUUCUUCAUCACUUUUGUUUAUUCCUUAAAAGGGUGAAUCUCACAGAAAAACUUUAAAGUGUGUGUUCAUAUCUCAAAUGACCCCAAAAUCAAAAGAAAGACAUAAACUGUUUUACUUAAAGAAAUUGAAGCCCAUCUUUAUACUAUUAAGAUUUUUGAUGUUAUUUUAAUGAAAAUUAAGCACUUCCACCCCAAAUUCACAUUGCUUUAUUGCAAAAAAUGUUAUUGUGAUGUGAAAACAACUAAUAAUAUUCACAUUGUACAGUAUUUGCUGGCAUAUGCUGAAUCGAAUAAUUGGAAUCAAUGAAAUGCAAUAAAAAACGUUAUUAAACGUAAAUAACGGUAUUAUAAUGAGAAACAUUGAGAAUAGUGUGAAUAAAACACAGAACAAUGCUUUUUAAAAAUUGUCUUCAUUUACUUCAUGGAAAAUAUAUUCUCAUAAUAUUUUCUUUUGAUUGUGGAACCUGGAUAUGUUUUUUUUGUGAGAUUCACCUGGAAUAUUUCAAAGAUGUUUCACUUAUUGAACUUUACGGAAGGAAGAAUGAAGGUCAAAAUAACUCAUUCUAACACUAAUGCCUUUUCAGACCACUGUCACAACCAGAAUAUGUUCACGGGGCUGUAUAAUCUUAUACAUAUAUAAAUAUCUAUGAAAAUGUAUGAUGCUAGGAUAUUUUAUUUAUUGCUUUACCCUAUCAGAUUUUUUUUUUUCUCAGAUGUUAGCUAACAUGGAUAUCCAGUUGCGGAACAUACUGUAGUCCUCUGCUCUCAUCCAUAUCAGAUAAAUAACUUAGACUCUAUCUUGGAGCUCAGCUGACUUCAUUAACAUAGAUUAUUAUUUGUUAGUAGCGUGUGGUGAUUAGCUAAAAAGUAGUCAUGUCUGGUGUAACUGGCGAAAAGAAAACUUAGCAUCCAUACACAGUCCCAGAGCCGAUCUCUUCCUCAAGAGCUUCCUCAAGUUUACAUCUCUGAUCUUCAGGAAUCAUUUCCAAAGAGAUGGUCCAGACCAGACCCAGUGCAUGAUGGGAUUGUUUGGGUUUGCAUCAUACUGACCUGCUCUGUCAGCAUCGUACAUAUCAAGGGCCUGAGAUCCUUGUUUUACAGGUUUAUAUCAGAGCUAGAGUUAGUUCAGAUGGGAUCUAGACUCCUGAAUGAGGUUUAAUGAGGUUUCAGAUGGUUUGGGCCCUCCACCGUUCUAUGUGUGGGUGAAUCUCAUGAAGAAAUAACACAAAGAAUUUUAGAAGCCAAUUUUAGGAUCGUUAUGGUUGCAUUUUUUAUGACAAGCAUAUUUUCCCCCAAAAUUCUCACUAUUGUAAUGCAGUGUUUAUAUAUAAUGAAUGUAAUACAAUUACAUACAUCGUAUUAAAGGGAUGGUUCACCCAAAAAUGAAAAUUCUGUCAUCAUUUACUCACACUCAAGUUGUUCCAAACCUGUAUGAUUUUUUUUCUUCUGCUGAACACAAAAGAAGAUAUUUUGAAGAUUGUCGGCAACCAAACAGUUUCUGGUCCCCAAUGACUUCCAUAGUAUGGGGAAAAAAAAUACUAUGGAAGUCAAUGGGAACCAGAAACUGUUUGGUUGCCGACAAUCUUCAGAAUAUCUUCUUUUGUGUUCAGCACAAUACAUAAAUGAACACAGGUUUGGAACAACUUGGGGGUGAGUAAAUGAUGACAGAAUUUUUAUAUUUGGGUGAACUGUCUCUUUAAUGUAACGAAAUAUCCUAUCUCGACACAGAUGUACAACAAAUGCUGUCAUGACCUAUGCUUACUUGUGUACUUUACAAUAAAAAUAUCAUUAUUUAUUAUUAUUUUACAUUACAUUAAUGAGAAUAUGAUGGAGAAAUAAGCUUAAUUAGGCAAAAAAAAAAAAAAAAACUUGUCAGUAUAUAUACAUUUUUUAUAUAGACUUUUUGGGUGAAAUAAGACAAAUAAGAAAAUGCUAUUUUUCAUGAGAUUCACAAAGGCGUCUUGUAUGCACAAAAGCACACUGGAUAUCUUUUACAGAACUAUAAAGAAACCCCAAACUACUGACUCUCAAGACAUGAAGAUGUUUAUCAAAAACCUGCUGUUAUUUAUUUCAGUAUUAUACAUUUUUAAACGUUAAAAACAGCUGUUGUUUUUCUGGCAUGUGCUGUUGGAUGAGUUAUAUAUAUAUGGACAAAUUUCUUUUUGUCAGUUGUUUUGUUUUGCUUGUUUGUCAUUUGUGUUCAUGUAUGGCAGAAUAUCAGUAUUAUCUUGAAUGUGUCAGGCAGCUUUUAUUGGAAAGCUGUUUGUUUUGAUCUGUAACUCCUGAAAUUAAAGCAGUCACUUUCCAUCACCGACACACACACACACAGACAUUCACACACCCUAUUAUAUUAUAUUAUAGGGUUAGAAAAUGAUGCAUGUUGAUACUUUGUUUCUGCUCUGUACUGCAUGGGUUUCAGCUUUAAAAUCUUCCAUGCUAGUUCAGUGUGUUAUUGGCCAUCAACACACAGCUUUGGAUCUAAAUAGAGAAUCUGAUGGCAUUUCACUGUAGUGCGCUGGGAUCUUUUUCAUGCCAGGCCUUACUGUAGUUACAGUCCUUCCUGUAUCACGCAGAGCUUCAGUAUCAUUCUAUCAGUCUCGACUGCUUUCUGAUGGAGAUAAGUGGUGGUUAUGCAUAUGUCACAAGAAUGGACGGAGGCGUGAGUGUGUGUGCGUGUGUGUACAUAUACAUAAAGGUUCUAUAUAUUUUAAGCAUUUGUUAAAAUUUAGUGAAAUGCUAUUGGGGUAAUAAAAAGAAGCUUAAUUCAACAUAUUAUCUAUAAAGAAGUCUUUUUUUUUUUUCAAGUAAAUUUUAGUAUUUUUUGUUGUUGUAUUUUACUGGAAAACAACAAAAAACAGCGAUCAGUUAUUGUUUUUGCAUUGUACUGAGUUCAGAAAUCGCAUUCAGCAUCAGUGCACAGAAUCAUUCAGAAGUUUUAUGACCAUGGGACCAUUGUGUGUAUGUGACCUUUGCUCUCUUUUUUUAUUAUUGUGUUAUUUGUUCAGUUCUUAUGGAACACAAAUAAAUGUGGAAGAUUUGCAAAUGCAAUUUGAUAAAAAAUGCAUAUCACUUCAAAUGGAAAAUGAUAGAAUUGUACUGGAACACAAAGAAAUGAAAAUGUAAAAAAAUCAUUGAAUGUUGACGUGUUUGUACAUGGUUCUAUUUACUGUCACAUUUUAGAUAAAGCCUUACCUCUGAAUGGAUGACAUGUCAUUGUAAACUGUUUGUUUCUCUGUCAAGUUUAAUAUUCUAUUCAUUUGCUUUAUUUACAUUUGUGAACUAUAAACCCAUAAUAUUCCUGGAAACAUUAUUUAGUUAUACAUUCACAAAUGCCUCUUAAAACAUUAAUUUGCACAUCUUAAAAUCUUUUCACUUGAUCCAACAGCCCUGCUUCAGUCUUUCCUCAGCUCUGAGUUCUAGAUGGUUUGUAAUAAAUUACAUCCACAAUACAGCAGCCAGUCCACAGGCUGAUGCUCAUUGUACUGUCAUGAUCAACCUGCUCUCAUGCUUGUAUAAAGACAGCUUAUACAGACAUUGAUAGUUGCUGUAGUAAUGCAGAUCUGUUCAACAUCUCAUAUGAUUGCUUCUCCUUCAACAUGUUCAGAUGGCAGAUUGAGGUUUUUUGGGGGGAAUGUCUCUUUUCUGAACAACCAGAGAGUUUGUAGUUCCUGUAGCUGUAAUUAUUUCAUGUGUUCAUCAAUGCAAUUUCAUGGAGUGAUAUACUAAUGUCUAAAGCUGUUCAAGUCAAAUAAAUGAAUUCAUCACUA